CCGUAAGUGCAGGUUGUGCGAAGUGUAGUUAACAAGUACUUUAACUAGUCGAACCAAUAAGGAUAGUUCAUACCGAGGCCAACAUGAUUAUAACGGCCAAAUUGGUGGCGAUAUGCUUGGGCUUAGCCCUUGUCGCUUUUACGACGUCCACGAUCGUUUUGGCUGUGCAAAAGGCGAAUUUACAAGAUGAAUUGGAUGCGCUGAAAAGCUCUACCACCACUACAACAACUACAGCGGUUACCCCCACCACAGCGAGUACCAGCACUCGCCCAACAACAACACCGACUACAACUACCGCCGUUGUAACUACAACAACCGCAUUACCAGAGACUACAACAACAGCGCCGGAAAUUAUCGACUAUAGACUGCCCGAUAGCGUUUUUCCCAUCAACUACAAUCUUUAUCUGCAUCCGGAUAUCGAGACGGGUAACUUUACCGGCCAAAUGCUCAUUCGGGUGAACACCACAAGAAGUAUCGACAAAAUUGUAUUGCAUUCAAGCCAAAUAGUGAUCAACAAUGUGUAUUUAUCGAGUACAAAUAAUCCAACUAUAUAUGUAAAGAACUAUUACCUGGACUUGGUGCGUGAAUUCUUAGUGAUCGAAUUGAGCGAGGAGUUGCCGGCUGGACGCGCCUUCUUGGUUGGGAUAUUGUUUGAAGGCAAUAUGGCUGGUAAAAUUGUUGGACUCUAUAGUUCAUCGUAUGUUAAGGCGGAUAGUACGAGAAAAUAUAUUGCCACAUCGAAAUUUGAGCCCACAUAUGCGCGACUCGCUUUCCCCUGUUUCGAUGAACCAGCCAUGAAGGCGACUUUCGAUGUGACUCUGGUGUAUCCCUCAGAAGGUGAUUACCAUGCGCUCUCGAAUAUGGAUAUUGCGGGUGAAUCUUACCAAGGUAAAUAUACGGAAGUUUACUUCAACCGCAGCGUACCGAUGAGCACCUACCUGACAUGCUUCAUUGUUUCCGACUUUAAAAAUAAAUCGGCGGAAAUCGAUACAAAAGGUAUUGGCAACCCAUUCACAUUGCGUGCCUUCGCAACCCCCGAGCAGCUGGAUAAAGUUGAUUUCGCCUUGGAGGUUGGCAAAGCCGUGAUCGAGUAUUACAUACAGUAUUUCCAAGUGGAAUAUCCACUACCAAAGCUGGACAUGGCCGCCAUACCGGAUUUCGUCUCCGGCGCUAUGGAACAUUGGGGUCUGGUGACAUAUCGUGAAACCUCAUUGCUCUACGAUAAAGAUGUGAGUUCGACGGUGAAUAAACAACGCAUUGCGAGCGUUAUCGCCCAUGAAUUCGCUCAUAUGUGGUUUGGAAAUUUAGUUACUAUGGAUUGGUGGAACGAUUUAUGGCUUAAUGAGGGUUUUGCGAGCUACAUUGAAUAUAUAGGUGUUGAGGCGAAGUUCCCGGAAUGGAAAAUGCGCGAUCAAUUCAUUACUGGCACUCUGCAUGGCGUACUCACAUUGGAUGCCACACUCGGUUCACAUCCUAUCAUACAGACUGUAGCUAAUCCCGAUCAAAUCACGGAAAUUUUUGAUACCAUCACCUACUCGAAGGGUGCAUCGAUUAUACGUAUGUUGGAGGACUUCAUUGGACCUGAUAAUUUCCAAAGGGCUGUUACGAAUUACUUGAACGAGUACAAAUAUAAGAAUGCAGUGACCGAUAACUUUUUAACAGAAAUCGCAAAAUUGAAUUUGGGCAUCGAUGUAAAAUCAAUUAUGAACACCUGGACAGAGCAAAUGGGUUUGCCGGUGGUGGAGGUAGAACGAAUAAGCGCUACCCAAUACAAAUUGACCCAGAAACGCUUCUUCUCCAAUCCCGACGACUACGAAGGCGUCUAUAAUGAUUCGCCUUUCAAUUACACCUGGUCUAUUCCGAUUACUUAUAAAACGAAUACUCUUACUAACGUUACCAGAGUAUGGUUCUACUACAAUCAAACGGAAUUAACCAUUGAGUUGAGCACGGCGCCGCAAUGGAUAAAAUUCAAUUACGAUCAGAUUGGUUACUAUCGUGUUAACUAUCCAUCGGAUUUGUGGGAAAACUUGGCUAAUCAACUAUUGGAAGAUCCAACUAAAUUCUCAGUUGGCGAUCGUGCUGGCCUGCUCAACGAUGCCUUCUCACUGUCCGACGCCACUCAACUAUCCUACGAUACAGCUCUUGAUAUGACAGCAUACUUAGCUAAGGAGAUGGAUUAUGUACCCUGGAGUGUGGCUGCAUCGAAGCUUACCUCACUUAAACGCUUGCUGAUGUUUACUGAGGUGUAUAGAAAUUACAAGAAAUAUGCAUACGAAUUGAUCAAGCCAAUUUAUCAGAAUGUCACGUGGACGGUGGGCGAAGAUCACCUGCAGAACCGCUUGCGUGUCACAAUUCUCUCAGCCGCCUGUUCGCUCGGUCUUGAGGAAUGUCUAAAUGAAGCUAGUACACGCUUCAAUGCAUGGCUGGGAAAUCCUAACACUCGCCCACAUCCGGACAUACGUGAAACUAUCUACUAUUAUGGCGCCUUUGGAGCUGACGAAACUUCUUGGCAAACCAUGUGGGAACUUUUUGUAAGUGAAACGGAUGCCAGUGAGAAAUCGAAAUUAAUGUCCGGUCUGGCAGCUGUACAAGUGCCAUGGAUACUGGGCAACUUCAUUAAUCUCGCUUGGGAUGAAAACAAUGUGCGUGGUCAAGAUUACUUCACAUGCAUACAAUAUAUUGCCGCUAAUCCAGUAGGUGAACCUAUUGUCUGGGAUUAUGUGCGCGAACAUUGGCCCGAUCUGGUGAAUCGGUUCGGUUUGAAUGAACGCUAUUUGGGUAGCAUGAUACCAUCGAUAACCGCGCGUUUCGAUACACAAACGAAGUUGGAGGAAAUGCAACAAUUCUUCGCUAAAUACCCCGAAGCCGGUGCUGGUGCUGCGGCGCGUGUGCGUGCGCUGGAGACUGUUAAGAACAAUAUUGCAUGGCUGGCGAACAACAAAGCCAACAUUGCGACGUGGUUGCAGAAAAAUUCUGUGGAAAAUAGCAGCCAAGAGGCAAAAAUUAUUUCAAUAUAUGUUACGCCUAAAAUUCGGAAGGACCACUCCGACGAACAAGUUCAAAGUUGCUUAAACCAAUCUUUUUUCAAUAAAACACAACAACAGCAGCAAAACAUGGCGCUGCUCACGGCUAAAGUUAUUGCAAUAGCCCUUGCCCUUGCCACAACUGCUUUCAUGGUCUCCACUAUUGUCCUGGCCAUACAGAAGGCGGAUUUGGAAGAUGAAUUGCAAGAUGCUUUAAAUAAAUUAGAUGCAACUACGCUACCAACCACACUCUCCACAUCGUCUACGACCCCUACAACGCCUACAACGCUUACAACGCCCACAACACCAACGACUGCAGCACCAAACAAUCCGCCACAAACCACUGAUCCGCCUGGUAAUCCGACGGAUCCCACCAAUCCAACGACUGUUACUGUACCAACAAUAACGCAAUCCACGCGUACUACACAAGGUGUUGUGAUUCCGACCAUUACAUUCCCGAAUACGGUGGUGACUCCCGUAACCUCGAAUCCCAAUUAUCCAACAUUACCACCUGGACUACCAGAUCCGGAAAAGAUUAUUUAUCGUCUGCCAACCCAUAUUCGCCCAGUCAAAUAUCGCCUUUAUUGGCAUCCGAAAUACGAAACGAACACCUGCGAAGGCUCCGUGACCGUACAAAUCGAAGUUGAUAUACCAACAAAUUUGAUUGUGUUGCACGCGAAGGAUAUGGAGAUCGGCGGUAUCUCAAUUCUCAAUGUAAUGGCAUAUAUGCGCAUUCGUGUGAAGUCAUAUAACUUGAGUGCGGAACGUGAAAUACUGAUAAUCGAAUUGCAGGAGAUGUUACGCAUGAGUACACCGUAUGUGGUCAAUAUUGAUUUUACCUGUCAAUUGAGUGGUUUAAAUGGCAUGUACUCAAGUACUUACAAGGAUAUAACAAAUGCAGAAAGAUGGAUAGCCACCACUAAAUUCGAGCCGACUUAUGCACGCACUGCCUUCCCUUGCUUCGAUGAGCCGGCGCUGAAAGCCGAGUUUAUCAUCACAGUAGUACGUCCUACCAAUGGCGGCUACCACGCGCUAUCCAACAUGCCUGUUCAAAGUGAAGUGGUGAACGGUGAUACGACGGAAGUAACAUUUGAACAAAGUGUGCCGAUGAGCACCUAUCUAGCCUGCAUGAUUGUAUCCGAUUUUGCUUCACAAUCUAAGACCGUUAACGGUGUCAUGCAGGGUGCUGCAGACUUUGAGAUGCGUGUUUUUGCAACAGCCAAUCAAAUUGAUAAGGUUUCUUAUGCUUUAGAUACCGGUGUUGGUAUUACGGAAUAUUACAUUGAUUAUUUCAAAGUCGCAUAUCCAUUACCCAAACUGGAUAUGGCUGCUAUACCAGAUUUUGUUUCGGGUGCUAUGGAACAUUGGGGAUUGGUGACAUACCGUGAGACUGCUCUGCUAUAUGAUCCCACAAUCAGUUCGAGUGCAAAUAAACAGCGUGUAGCUACAGUAGUGGCGCACGAAUUGGCACAUAUGUGGUUCGGAAAUCUGGUGACCAUGAAAUGGUGGAAUGAUUUGUGGCUAAAUGAAGGUUUUGCCAGCUAUAUUGAGUACAAGGGUGUGAAUAAAGUGCAUCCCGAAUGGGCUAUGCUGGAUCAAUUCAUUGUUGCUGAUUUGCAUGAUGUACUCGAACUGGACGCCACGUUGGCGUCACAUCCCAUUGUGCAAACGGUGGAAAGUCCUGCGCAAAUCACAGAGCUUUUCGAUAGUAUUACAUAUUCGAAAGGUGCUUCCGUUAUACGUAUGCUAGAAGAUCUGGUGGGUGAGGAGAAAUUCCGCAAUGCCACCACGAAUUACCUUAAUAAAUUCUACUACAUGAAUGCUGAGACAGAUGAUUUCUUAACGGAAAUCGAAGCACUGGAAUCCGAUUUCGAUGUGAAAUUAAUUAUGCAAACAUGGACUGAACAAAUGGGCUUGCCGGUCGUUGAAGUUAAAAAGGAUGGCAAUACGUAUACGCUUACGCAAAAACGCUUCCUAGCAAAUCCAGAAGACUACAGUGCCGAUUUCGAAGAAUCCAAGUUCAACUACCACUGGUCCAUACCGAUAACAUAUUUCACCAACGAGAACGCUCAAGUUGCACGAACAAUCUUCAAUUACAACGAUAAUGAAGUUAAAAUAACGCUGAGCAACGCUGUCGAUUGGAUUAAGUUUAACAAAAAUCAAGUUGGUUAUUAUCGUGUAAAUUAUGCGCCCGAACAAUGGCAAGAACUGACAAAUGCGCUGAUUAACGCACGCGGACAGUUUAGCAAUGCCGAUCGUGCGCAUCUCAUCAAUGAUGCCUUCUCCUUAGCCGAUGCCGCACAAUUGGAAUAUAGUAUUGCAUUGAACUUGUCACUCUACCUAGAAAAAGAACUGGAUUAUGUGCCAUGGAGUGUUGCCAGUGCACGCCUUUCAGAUAUCAGAAGUCUGCUUUACUAUACGGAUUCAUAUCGUGACUUUGUCGUUUUCGGACGGAAAUUACUUGCGCAGGCUUAUGAAAGUGUCACGUGGAAUGUUAGCAACGAUCAUUUGGACAAUUUGGUACGUGUUAAAAUAUUAAGUCUAGCUGGUCGGUUCGAAUACCAACCAAUGUUGACUGAAGCCGCCACACGCUUUACGGAGUGGUUAAGUAAUCCUAGCGUAAGACCCAAUCCAGACAUACGUUCGGCUGUAUAUUAUUAUGGCAUGCAAAGUGUGGGCAAUGAAUAUUCAUGGAAUCAAGUGUGGGCAUUGUUUAUCAACGAGACGGAUGCACAAGAGAAAGUCAAAUUAAUGGAAGCUUUAGCGGCGGUGAAUUCACCAUGGAUUUUGCAACGUUACAUCAAUUUGGCCUGGAAUGAGAGCUAUGUUCGCGGCCAAGAUUACUUCACUUGCCUUAGGUAUCUUUCCAACAAUCGCAUCGGUCAAAGUUUAGUGUGGGAUUAUGUACGUGAGAAUUGGCCACGUUUAGUUGAACGUUUUGGCAUCAACGAACGUUAUCUCGGUCGUUUAAUACCAUCGAUUACAGCAAGCUUUGUAACGCAAACAAAAUUGGAAGAAAUGGAAGCAUUCUUUGCGAAGUAUCCUGAAGCGGGUGCUGGCACAGCUGCGCGCAAGCAAGCGUUGGAAACAGUCAAAUUCAAUAUUAAAUGGCUGCAAAAGAAUAAGGUGCAAAUAGCUCAAUGGUUGGCAGAGCAAAAAACGGCAGAUGGAAAAGGCGCGCGCUGAUUCCUCUACAACAACAACGGAAGCUACUCGCAUCUAAAGCGCCGCCUCACCAUUUGUUAUUACUCCACCCAAAGUCAUGAUAGCGUGAAUCUAUGAAAGCUUUUGUUUAUUUUUAUAUAAAUAGAACUAGUAUUUUAACAUAUGUUUGCAUUUAUGUAAAUACUUUAAUGAAAGUGUAUAUAUUGUUAACUUUUAUUGAAGUCGAAAAUUGGAAACGAAGACAAUAAAAUGGAAUUGUUUGUACAAUUACAAGAAUUUGUUGUGAAA